AUGACUGAAUGGUUAGUUGUUGUCUAUGAUAGACCAGGAUCUGAUAGAUCAAAAUUUCGUCCACAACAUUUAGAAGCAAUUCCAAAACAAGUUGCCAAUGGUAAAAUUACCAAUGCUGGUGCAAUUUUCCAUGAAGUGCCAAAAGAAGGUCAACCAUUAAAAUUCGCAGGAUCCUCAUUAAAUGUUGUUGCAGAUUCAAAAGAGGAAGUUUUGGAAAUUUUAAAACAAGAUAUUUUCGCAAAGGAAAACAUUUGGGAUGUUGAAAAUGCAUUGAUUUAUCCAUAUGGAGUUGCUGUUCGUGUUGCUAAAUAA